AUGUUCAAUUCAGUUGUCCUCAAAAACAAGUACUGCUGUAACAAAUUAGUCAAAAAUAUUUUAUCAUUUGAAGAAAAAUAUACGUAUUUAUUUUUCUUCAAUCACAGCUAUAAAUAUAUAUGCAUAGGAAGGAACUCAUUUGAGAUUAAUGGUAGGGAAAGGAAAAGUAAAUUGCUAAAAUCAGAGAGCAAAUGUAUUACAUCAUACACUUCGAGAAGAAGAAAUAUUAGUAAAAUAGAAAAUUCCUCAUUUUGUGAAAAUUCAAAUGGUAGGAAAUUAAUCAAUGUCGAAAUAACCAGUGGUUAUGCUACUACAAACGAAGGAAGCAAUAAUCAGGAAUUAACGUGGACACUCAAAGAGGACAAUAACAUAGAAUGUACAAAUACACAAGAGGUGGAAAAUAAAAAUCAUGAAGCACGUGUUAAUACAAAAGACACAGAAGAACACUCUUUUGAGAAGAUUACCGCGGAUUAUGAUAUAAAAAAUGAAGGCUCAAAAUUAACAAUAGAAGAUGCGGACGAAAUUGAUGAAGACACAAAAAAGAGUUUAUUAGAAGUGUUUAAAUACAAACACUUCACAGAUGUUCAAAAAAUAAUAUAUGAAAAUAUAAUAAAAGAUAGAAAAAAGAACGAUUUACUUGUUCAGGCGAAAACAGGAACCGGUAAGACCAUAUCGUACUUACUUUUAGUAAUUGAUGAUAUCAUAAAAAAUAGAAUAUUAAGCGUCCAUACACUUAUAAUAGUACCUACGCGAGAAUUAGCAAACCAAAUAUAUAAUGAAGCAAAAUUAUUAUUAACCUUUAAAAAUAAUAUUAAUGUUUUAACUCUAAUUGGAGGAAUAAAAAGAAGAGAAGAUCAAAUAAAUAUUAGAAGAGUUAAACCAGAUAUUAUUGUUUGUACUGUCGGAAGAUUACUAGAUCACUUUGAAUGCACCUAUUUAUUUAAUACCUUAUUUGAAAAUUUGAAAAUGUUAAUAAUUGACGAAGCUGAUCAAUUGUUAAGUUUGGGGUAUCAAAAUGAUAUUAGUCGAAUAUUAACUUAUUUACCAAAAAGUAGAAGGAAUUUUCUUUUUUCAGCAACGUUAUGUCAUAGUUUAGAUGACAUAAGAAAGAAAAUGUGUAAGACUGAUUAUAUAUUUUUAAAUUGUAUAAGAGAUACUUCAAAACAUACAAAUGAUCAACUGAAACAAUAUGUUAUAUUCCAUAAAGCAAUAGAUACAACUCUUAUUUUAUACAACUUACUAAUUGAACAUAUGCGCUUAAAUCAAUUUACAUACAAAAUAUUAGUUUUUUUCCCUACAGCUAGAGCAACUUCAUUUUAUGCAAACUUUUUUAAAAAUCAGCUCAAAAUUAGCGUAUACGAAAUACAUAGGAAAAAAGAAGCAGCACAUAGACAAAUUACAUCUAACAGAUUUUCUGUAGAAUCCGUUGGUAUUUUAUUUACAUCAGAUAUAAGUUCUAGGGGUGUGAAUUAUCCUGAUGUUACUUUAAUUAUUCAAGUGAAUUGUGCUAUAUCGAGGGAACAAUAUAUACAUAGGGUUGGUAGAACAGCUAGAUGCAAUAGAGAAGGUACUAGUAUUAUCUUAUUGAAUGAAGCUGAUGAACUAUUUUAUCAACAAAUAAAAGAUUUAAAUAUAGAAAAAUUAAAUUCAAAUGAUUAUAUUUUAAAAAAUACGAAUGUUUCUAAUUAUUUAAAUAGCUGGAUGUCUAAUACACAGCUCUUGUAUUUAGCGUAUGCAUAUUAUUCAUCUUUAUUGCGAUUUUAUAAAACAAAAUAUGCUAUCCUUAAAUUAACGGAUGAUGAAAUUAUUGAUGUUGUUAACAAUACUUUACUGUCCACAGGAUUAGUUGAGCAACCACAUAUUUCAAGUAAAUUAGCUAUAACUUUAAAUAUGCAGAAUAAUGCGAAACUGAAAAUUAGGAAAGAUUUGGACGAUCUGUUGCUAUAG